CGUUACAUGUAUACUUCACAAGUAUCAUCUAUUUCUCGAAACUUACGAAGACAGAAAAGUUACGAUAGAGAAAAUGGCUUAUUUACGAACAUAUUAGGAAGAUUUAAAAAAAUUCUCUAAUAGCAUGGCAUCAGAGAAGUAAAGCAGACUAAAGCAGGGGUGGAAAAGGGUAAUAAAAGGCUAUGUACAAUGUGGAUUUCCCUGUCUUGUUUUGUUAUGAUUUCGUUUGGAAAUUCGAAACAGUCAACGGCGGGAUAGAUGUAAUAAACUCGAACUUGAACGGCGUGUUGGAAAAAAACAAACAAAAACACGAGAUGUCAAUAUUGUAAGAGUAUAAAAACGAAAUCAUUAAUCUAGCGUCUUAUUUUUCGCAUUAUAAGUACGGGAAACGUAAAACGGGGGCGAGCAUUGCUCAGAGGGCCUUCUGCAGUAUGCUCAGGGUUUAUAAUACAAAGAUAUUAUGGCUGCAGGUGAGGCCAGCACUGCUAAGCCUCGUCAAGAAAAGCAGUACGAUUACUUGUUAAAGUUCUUGUUGGUCGGUGACAGUGAUGUUGGCAAACAAGAAAUACUAAGUGGUUUAGAGGACGGUGCCGCCGAAUCACCGUUUUGCAGUGGCAGUGCGUACAAAACUACUACUAUCCUGCUGGAUGGGAAAAGAGUAAAAUUACAAUUAUGGGAUACAUCCGGACAAGGUAGAUUUUGUACAAUUAUCAGGUCUUAUUCGCGUGGAGCGCAAGGCAUACUUUUGGUUUAUGAUAUUACCAAUAGAUGGUCCUUCGAUGGUAUCGAUAGAUGGUUAAAAGAAGUCGAAGAGCAUGCACCAGGUAUACCAAAAAUAUUGGUUGGCAAUCGGCUUCAUUUGGCAUUUAAAAGGAAAGUAGGAGAACGCGACGCGGAAGCAUAUGCAGCUAAAAAUCGAAUGGCAUUUUUUGAAGUGUCACCCCUAUGCGAUUUCAAUAUACGAGAAAGUUUCUCUGAACUUUCUCGCAUGGCCCUACAUCGUAAUGGCAUGGAGAGGCUUUGGAGAUCAAACAAAGUUCCUAGUCUUCAAGAACUCGCAUGCCGUGCAAUAGUUGCAAGAACAACGGUAUAUGGAAUCGAUCAACUUCCAUUGCCUAAAUCUAUUAAAUCACAUUUGAAGUCGUAUGCAAUGACUACAACCUCCCAACAUCGGUAUAAUGGCACUCGUACGCGUAGCACUAGUAAAAGCUUAAGUUCUCAUCAAAGAAAAUUGCGUUUCGUUGGAGUGGGCCAUAAUGGACUAUCCACACCAGGCAACUCUCCUGGUAGUAUGACAGAUUCUAGGACAAGUUGUGUAGGCCGUAAUUCCUGUACAAUAUCUUGAGAUUAAAAGCUCAGGUUGCAGUUAUGUUUAAACGUGCAACGUGAUAUCAAAGUUCUUCCAUUCCUGUUACAUUAUAUACCCUGUUCCGAUUAAGAAUAUGGCAAUGUAACGUUGUGCAGAAUGAGAUAUAAGUACAUCAUCGAUGGGAUAUCUCUUGGGUAAAAACACAAUUUAAGAGAUCAAAGACCUCAUUUUAAUGUUAUUACUAUUGUUAUUCGUACAAAAAAGAAAAAAACAAAAAAAAAAAAAAAAGAAAAUAGAAAGAGAAAAAAAAGAAACAGAAAAAAAAUGGUUUUGGUGCCCUAUACGCCAUGUUUCUUCAAGUUUGUGGUUUACCAAAAUAUCUAUAAUGACAACAUCGAGCUUAAAUAACGGCAGUUAUUAUAUGCGAAGUAAUUAUUAUAUCGGUGCCAUUUGUUAGACAAACCUGAGACGAAUUUUAUGACACCUGCUAAAAAAUAAUUGAUUGAUAUAGUCGAAUAUGUCUUUUUAAGAUGCCGAUUAUUAAGCAAAAGUGGUUUUUGAUAAUGAAAUGAGAUAGGCGCGAGACAGACAGAACAGUAUGUAUAACAGAUGCACACACACACACUUCAAGUAUAUCUAUAUUUUAUUAAUGUCUAUUUUAUUGCAUUUUUGGCUGUUGAUAUGAAAUUUACUUUUUCAGAAAGACAUCUCUGCAUAGAACUUUUGUUAAGACAACAUAAUGUCAUUAUAAAGGAUACCUAAUAUAUAGAAAUAUAUUGUUAAAAAGAAAAUUUUUUUAAUAAUAAUUUUAAAUAUAUUCUCUCUAUGUAUAACUGCAACGUACUUUUGAUAAAUAGUAUUGAUGUAAACUAUACGUAUUUUAACAAAAAAAAAUUGCAAUAUUUGUGCAUAAUCAUAUUGUAUCUCUAUUAUUUAUGCAUGAUUUUUCAUUCUAGUAACUGAUUUUAAUUAUAAACAUUUAGUGAUCUAUUUCAUCAUUAUGUCAAUCGAUCAAUCAAUCGACGGAGUAAUAGUUUUGCCGUUAGGGGGCGUUGAAAUAUUGAAAGAAGAUCAUUGUCUUAGCAGCAAUGUGUACAUUGUAUUUUUUUUUUUUUUUUUUUUUCCUUUUUUCUUCCUUGAAAAUUUCUUUAGGAUACAGUGUGAAAUAUAUUUAUACUAUAUAGGAUUUAACUAAAUUAUCUAUGUAUAUAAAAUGACUAUAUGAUUUAACAUUAUUUUAUAUAUAAAUAAACAUUUUUUGUGUUUCAUUGUCUGGGAGAUUGUAAUAAAACUAGUGAUAUAUAAAUUUAUACAACAGACAUACCUAAAACAUGAACUGCUUAAAGAAUAUAUUAUUUUCCCAAUCUCAAAGAAAGCUAUUGCAUCAAGUGUAAAAACGUAUUUGUAAAAGAAUUAUAUUGUUGCAAAUCAACAAAAUAGAGUUGACUGUAUUAUUAUUGUAUAUAUUUGGUUCUAGGAUAAUAAAUCAUUGGUAGUGCUAAAAACAUUUAA